GGACUAGGAGCAACUCCUGACAGAUAAAACGGUUAACAUUGUUCAGUCACCGUUUUCAGCCAAUCUUCAAAAUCUUCAAAACGUCACAGUUGAGCAUAUUUCUCUUCCUCACAUCAGUCACCAUUUCUCUUGUAGCCGAGAUUCACACAAUUCAUCUUACAAGUCCCAGUUGCAGAGAAAGCAAGUCAAAUAAACUAUGAUAUCAACACUCCAACCUCCACGCUCACUCUCCCACUUCCGCUCUAACCCCACCCUCCUCCUCCGCUACACCUCCCUUAAACCCCUCUCUUCCUUAUCCUCACAGCCCGUCACCCACUCCACCAUCACAGACCAAUCCCAAUCCCCAAACCCACCAUCACACUCCCAAAUCCUCUCCACCCGCCACUCCCUUCUCUCCCGCCACCUCACCGCCACCCAACUCGCCGAGUCCUUUCUCACUCGCCUCCGACUCACUGAGCCCCAUCUGCGCUCCUUUCUCCACGUGUCAGACUCGGUCCUGGCCCAAGCCCGUGAGCUUGACGAUAAGAUUCAGAGGAAUGAGGAGUUGGGUCCCUUGGCUGGGGUACUUGUUGCCAUCAAGGACAAUAUCUGUACGGCUGAAAUGCCCUCCACGGCUGGGUCUCGUGUUCUGGAAGGCUAUACGCCGCCGUAUGAUGCUACUGCCGUCAGGAAGAUUAAGGAGCUAGGUGGGAUUGUGGUGGGUAAGACCAAUUUGGAUGAGUUUGGCAUGGGCAGCACCACUGAAGCCUCUGCCUAUCAGGUGACUGCAAACCCAUGGGACAUUUCUCGGGUGCCUGGAGGGUCAUCGGGAGGCUCGGCUGCAGCUGUGUCUGCCAGGCAGUGUAUGGUGUCACUGGGAAGUGAUACUGGUGGAAGUGUGAGGCAGCCAGCAUCGUUUUGUGGUGUUGUUGGGUUGAAGCCCACGUAUGGGCGUGUCUCAAGAUUUGGACUUAUGGCAUAUGCAUCAUCGCUUGAUGUCAUUGGCUGCUUUGGUACGUCUGUUGCUGAUGCUGGGAUUCUUCUGCAUGCAAUUUCCGGCCAUGAUAGACUUGAUGCCACCAGUAGCAAGCGUGAGGUUCCCGACUUUUCAGCUCAGUUUGUUUCCAUGAAUUUGCUAGAAUCUAAACCUCUAAAAGGAUUGAGGAUUGGUCUGAUCCGUGAAACUCUUGAUGAUGGUGUUGAUACUGGAGUAACUUCGGCAGUCCGUACUGCUGCUUUGCACCUUGAAGAAUUAGGAUGCUGCGUAACAGAGGUCUCAUUACCAUCUUUCUCACUUGGGUUGCCAGCCUAUUACAUUCUUGCUUCAUCCGAGUCAUCUUCGAACUUAUCACGUUAUGAUGGUGUUAGGUAUGGAAACCGAGUUGCUGCUGAUGAGCUGAACUCACAAUACAUGGAUUCCCGAGCCAAGGGUUUUGGUUCUGAGGUCAAAAGGAGAAUUCUAACAGGAACAUAUGCCCUUUCAGCUGGUUAUUAUGAUGCAUAUUAUAAGCGCGCCCAGCAGGUGAGGACUGUAAUUCAGAAAAGCUUCAAGACAGCACUGGAUGAA